CCCCACCACCCUUCCGGAAUAGGCCCCAAAGCCUCGGCCUUUCCCAGCGGCCACAGCCGGGUCGGGAGCGCCGGGAGCGGCCGGGCCGGGGCGGGCGAGGCCGGGGCUGCGCAGGCCCGCGGCUGGAGCGGUGCUUCGCCCAUUUCCGGCACCGUCCGCCUUUGCUUCGACAUCUUUCGUCAGAUACUCGGAUAUUUCCGGUCUUUUCCGCUCGUGCUUCGGCAUCUUUCGAUAACUUCCGCCAAUACUUCGGCCAGUUCCGUCUCUUUCCGUCAGCGUUCGGCCACCGCCGGUUAACUUCGAUCAUUUCCGUCACUCUCCGGAGGCCCUUCGGCGAUCUCCGCCCACUUCCGUUAACACUUCGGAAAUCUCCGUCAAUCUCCGCCAGCUUCUGAGGUCACUUCGUCAGCCUCCCUCCGCCCCCGCGAUCUCUCGGCUCUCCGCCUCAGGGGGGCGGCGCUUUUAAAAUAAAUUAUUCAUGAACCGAUCCCACCGUGCUGGAAGCGGGGUUGGGGGUUACGGUCCGACGACGGCGCGUCCCGUGAGGGCUUUACGGAGCAGCCGGCGACUCCCUGCCCCUUCCCCGCUCCUCGCUCGCCUCACGGACCGUGACGGGACUCGUCUCUCCCUUUCUUUCCCGCGCCUCCCCCCUUUUGCCUGUGAGGCGCUUGGUACGCUCCGGCCACGCCCCCUCCGGCGGCUCGCGGGGGCCGAGUCUAUAUAAGGCGGCGCCGGUGCCUCACAACGCUCAGUCGCGCCUUGAGCGCGGAGCGGCCGGAGCGGAGAAGGGGAAGCUCCGCACCGGGGGCUCUGUGAGGCGCCGGUUCCCGGUUCCCCGGUGGGGUUCAAACUCCCCGCUCCCUCAACCCCUCCGUGAAGGGGUCGGUUCCGAACAGUCGGAGCGGCGCGAGGCCGCGGCCCCACCGGCGCCAUGCACGGCGGGCCGCCCUCGGGCGACAGCGCCUGCCCGCUGCGCACCAUCAAACGAGUCCAGUUCGGGAUCCUCAGCCCCGAUGAGAUGAAACGGAUGUCGGUGACCGAGGGGGGCAUCAAGUACCCCGAAACCACCGAGGGGGGACGCCCCAAACUGGGGGGGCUCAUGGACCCCCGGCAGGGUGUCAUUGAGAGGACGGGGCGCUGCCAGACCUGUGCUGGGAACAUGACGGAGUGUCCGGGCCACUUUGGCCACAUCGAGCUGGCCAAGCCCGUGUUCCACGUGGGCUUUUUGGGCAAAACCAUGAAAAUCCUGCGCUGCGUCUGCUUCUUCUGCUCCAAGCUGCUCGUGGACUCGAACAACCCCAAGAUCAAGGACAUCCUGGGCAAGUCCAAGGGGCAGCCCAAGAAGAGGCUGACCCACGUCUACGACCUGUGCAAGGGCAAGAACAUCUGCGAGGGGGGCGAGGAGAUGGACCACAAGUUUGGGGUGGAGCAGCCCGAGGGCGACGAGGACCUCACCAAGGAGAAGGGCCACGGCGGCUGCGGGCGGUACCAGCCGCGCAUCCGCCGCUCGGGGCUGGAGCUCUACGCCGAGUGGAAGCACGUCAACGAGGACUCGCAGGAGAAGAAGAUCCUGCUGAGCCCCGAGCGCGUGCACGAGAUCUUCAAGCGCAUCUCGGACGAGGAGUGCUUCGUGCUGGGCAUGGACCCCAAAUUCGCCCGGCCCGAGUGGAUGGUGUGCACCGUGCUGCCCGUGCCGCCGCUGUCCGUGCGCCCGGCCGUGGUCAUGCAGGGCUCUGCCCGCAACCAGGAUGACCUGACCCACAAGUUGGCCGACAUCGUCAAGAUCAACAACCAGCUGCGGCGCAACGAGCAGAACGGGGCGGCCGCGCACGUCAUCGCCGAGGACGUCAAGCUGCUGCAGUUCCACGUGGCCACCAUGGUGGACAACGAGCUGCCCGGCCUGCCCCGGGCCAUGCAGAAGUCGGGGCGCCCCCUGAAGUCCCUGAAGCAGCGGCUGAAGGGGAAGGAGGGUCGGGUUCGGGGCAACCUCAUGGGGAAACGCGUGGAUUUCUCCGCCCGCACCGUCAUCACCCCCGACCCCAACCUGGCCAUCGACCAGGUGGGCGUGCCGCGCUCCAUCGCCGCCAACAUGACCUUCGCCGAGAUCGUCACCCCCUUCAACAUCGACAGGCUGCAGGAGCUGGUGCGCAGGGGGAACAGUCAGUACCCGGGGGCCAAGUACAUCAUCAGGGACAACGGGGACAGGAUCGACCUCCGCUUCCACCCCAAACCCAGCGACCUCCACCUGCAGAUCGGGUACAAGGUGGAGCGUCACAUGUGCGACGGCGACAUCGUCAUCUUCAACCGGCAGCCCACCCUGCACAAGAUGUCCAUGAUGGGUCACAGGGUCAGGAUCCUGCCCUGGUCCACCUUCCGCCUGAAUCUGAGUGUCACCACGCCCUACAACGCCGACUUUGACGGCGACGAGAUGAACCUGCACCUGCCGCAGUCGCUGGAGACGCGGGCGGAGAUCCAGGAGCUGGCCAUGGUGCCCAGGAUGAUCGUCACGCCCCAGAGCAACCGGCCCGUCAUGGGCAUCGUGCAGGACACGCUGACGGCCGUGCGCAAGUUCACCAAGAGGGACGUCUUCCUGGAGAGGGGCGAGGUGAUGAACCUGCUGAUGUUCCUGUCCACGUGGGACGGCAAGGUGCCCCAGCCGGCCAUCCUGAAGCCGCGGCCGCUCUGGACAGGGAAGCAGAUCUUCUCCCUGAUUAUCCCCGGCCACAUCAACUGCAUCCGCACCCACAGCACCCACCCCGACGACGAGGACAGCGGCCCCUACAAGCACAUCUCCCCCGGGGACACCAAGGUGAUCGUGGAGAACGGGGAGCUCAUCAUGGGCAUCCUGUGCAAGAAGUCCCUGGGGACGUCGGCCGGGUCCCUGGUGCACAUCUCCUACCUGGAGAUGGGCCACGACACCACGCGCCUCUUCUACAGCAACAUCCAGACCGUCAUCAAUAACUGGCUGCUCAUCGAGGGUCACACCAUCGGCAUCGGGGACUCCAUUGCUGACGCCAAGACCUACCAGGACAUCCAGAACACCAUCAAGAAGGCCAAGCAGGAUGUCAUCGAGGUGAUCGAGAAGGCCCACAACAACGAGCUGGAGCCCACCCCGGGCAACACCUUGCGCCAGACCUUUGAGAACCAGGUGAACCGGAUCCUCAACGACGCCCGUGACAAGACCGGCUCCUCUGCCCAGAAAUCCCUCUCCGAGUACAACAACUUCAAAUCCAUGGUGGUCUCGGGGGCCAAGGGCUCCAAGAUCAACAUCUCCCAGGUGAUCGCGGUGGUGGGGCAGCAGAACGUGGAGGGCAAGCGGAUCCCGUUCGGCUUCAAGCACCGGACGCUGCCGCACUUCAUCAAGGACGACUACGGCCCCGAGAGCCGCGGCUUCGUGGAGAACUCCUACCUGGCCGGCCUCACCCCCACCGAGUUCUUCUUCCACGCCAUGGGCGGCCGCGAGGGCCUCAUCGACACGGCCGUGAAGACGGCUGAGACCGGGUACAUCCAGCGGCGGCUGAUCAAGUCCAUGGAGUCGGUGAUGGUCAAGUACGAUGCCACCGUCAGGAACUCCAUCAACCAGGUGGUGCAGCUGCGCUACGGCGAGGACGGGCUGGCCGGCGAGAGCGUCGAGUUCCAGAACCUGGCCACCCUCAAACCCUCCAACAAGGCCUUCGAGAAGAAGUUCAAGUUCGACUACACCAACGAGCGGGCGCUGCGCCGGACGCUGCAGGAGGAGCUGGUCAAGGACAUCCUGUCCAACGCCCACAUCCAGAACGAGCUGGAGCGCGAGUUCGACCGCAUGCGCGAGGACAGGGAGGUCCUCAGGGUCAUCUUCCCCACCGGGGACAGCAAGGUGGUCCUCCCCUGUAACCUGCUCCGCAUGAUCUGGAACGCGCAGAAGAUCUUCCACAUCAACUCCCGGCUGCCCUCGGACCUGCACCCGGUCAAGGUGGUGGAGGGGGUGAAGGAGCUGAGCCGCAAGCUGGUGAUCGUCAACGGGGAGGACCCCCUGAGCCGGCAGGCGCAGGAGAACGCGACGCUGCUCUUCAACAUCCACCUGCGCUCCACGCUCUGCAGCCGCCGCAUGGUGGAGGAGUUCCGGCUCAGCGGGGAGGCCUUCGACUGGCUGCUGGGGGAGAUCGAGUCCAAGUUCAACCAGGCCAUCGCCCACCCCGGUGAGAUGGUGGGCGCGCUGGCCGCGCAGUCCCUGGGCGAGCCGGCCACGCAGAUGACCCUCAACACCUUCCACUACGCGGGGGUGUCGGCCAAGAACGUCACCCUGGGCGUGCCCCGCCUCAAGGAGCUCAUCAACAUCUCCAAGAAGCCCAAGACGCCGUCGCUCACCGUGUUCCUGCUGGGCCAGAGCGCCCGCGACGCCGAGCGCGCCAAGGACAUCCUGUGCCGCCUGGAGCACACCACGCUGCGCAAGGUGACGGCCAACACCGCCAUCUACUACGACCCCAACCCUCAGAGCACGGUGGUGGCCGAGGACCAGGAGUGGGUCAACGUCUACUACGAGAUGCCCGACUUCGACGUCAGCCGCAUCUCGCCGUGGCUGCUGCGCGUCGAGCUCGACCGCAAGCACAUGACCGACCGCAAGCUCACCAUGGAGCAGAUCGCCGAGAAGAUCAACGCCGGCUUUGGUGACGACCUCAACUGCAUCUUCAACGACGACAACGCCGAGAAGCUGGUGCUGCGCAUCCGCAUCAUGAACAGCGACGAGAACAAGAUGCAGGAGGAGGAGGAGGUGGUGGACAAGAUGGACGACGACGUCUUCCUGCGCUGCAUCGAGUCCAACAUGCUGACGGACAUGACCCUGCAGGGCAUCGAGCAGAUCAGCAAGGUGUACAUGCACCUGCCGCAGACGGACAACAAGAAGAAGAUCAUCAUCACCGAGGACGGGGAGUUCAAGGCUCUCCAGGAGUGGAUCCUGGAGACCGACGGCGUCAGCCUCAUGCGGGUGCUGAGCGAGAAGGACGUGGACCCCGUGCGCACGACCUCCAACGACAUCGUGGAGAUCUUCACCGUGUUGGGGAUCGAGGCGGUGCGGAAGGCGCUGGAGCGGGAGCUCUACCACGUCAUCUCCUUCGACGGCUCCUACGUCAACUACCGGCACCUGGCGCUGCUGUGCGACACCAUGACCUCGCGGGGACACCUGAUGGCCAUCACCCGGCACGGCGUCAACCGCCAGGACACCGGGCCCCUCAUGAAGUGCUCCUUCGAGGAGACGGUCGACGUCCUGAUGGAGGCAGCUGCCCACGGGGAGAGUGACCCCAUGAAGGGCGUGUCCGAGAACAUCAUGCUGGGCCAGCUGGCCCCGGCCGGCACCGGCUGCUUCGAUCUCCUGCUGGACGCCGAGAAGUGCAAGCACGGCAUGGAGAUCCCCAGCGCCCUGCCCGGCCUCGGCGUCGGCGGCCCCACCGGGAUGUUCUUCGGCUCGGCCCCCAGCCCCAUGGGGGGGAUGUCCCCGGCCAUGACCCCCUGGAACCAGGGGGCCACCCCGGCCUACGGCGCCUGGUCGCCCAGCGUGGGCAGCGGGAUGACCCCGGGCGGGGCCGGGUUCUCCCCCAGCGCCGCCUCCGACGCCUCCGGCUUCAGCCCCGGCUACUCCCCGGCCUGGUCACCCACGCCCGGCUCGCCGGGGUCACCCGGCCCCUCCAGCCCCUACAUCCCCUCCCCCGGUGGGGCCAUGUCCCCCAGCUACAGCCCAACGUCCCCCGCCUACGAGCCGCGGUCGCCGGGGGGCUACACCCCACAGAGCCCCAGCUACAGCCCCACUUCUCCCAGCUACAGCCCCACCUCACCCAGCUACAGCCCCACAUCGCCCAACUACAGCCCCACCUCGCCCAGUUACAGCCCCACCUCUCCCAGUUACAGCCCGACCUCGCCCAGUUACAGCCCAACCUCGCCCAGUUACAGCCCCACGUCCCCGAGCUACAGCCCGACCUCCCCCAGCUACAGCCCCACCUCGCCCAGCUACAGCCCGACCUCGCCCAGUUACAGCCCGACCUCUCCCAGUUACAGCCCCACCUCCCCCAGUUACAGCCCCACCUCGCCGAGCUACAGCCCCACCUCUCCCAGUUACAGCCCCACUUCUCCCAGUUACAGCCCGACCUCACCCAGUUACAGCCCGACCUCUCCCAGUUACAGCCCCACCUCACCCAACUACAGCCCGACCAGCCCCAACUACACCCCGACCUCUCCCAGUUACAGCCCCACCUCUCCCAGUUACAGCCCCACCAGCCCCAACUACACCCCGACCUCGCCCAACUACAGCCCCACCUCACCCAGUUACAGCCCCACUUCCCCCAGUUACAGCCCCACCUCUCCCAGUUACUCCCCGUCCAGCCCCCGCUACACCCCGCAGUCGCCCACCUACACCCCCAGCAGCCCCAGUUACAGCCCCAGCAGUCCCAGUUACAGCCCCACGUCCCCCAAGUACACCCCGACCAGCCCCAGCUACAGCCCCAGCUCCCCCGAGUACACCCCGACCUCGCCCAAGUACAGCCCCACGUCCCCCAAGUACAGCCCCACCUCGCCCAAGUACAGCCCCACCUCGCCCACCUACAGCCCCACCACGCCCAAGUACAGCCCCACCUCGCCCACCUACAGCCCCACCUCGCCCGUCUACACCCCGACGUCGCCCAAGUACAGCCCCACCUCGCCCACCUACAGCCCCACCUCGCCCAAGUACAGCCCCACGUCGCCCACCUACAGCCCCACCUCGCCCAAGGGCUCCACGUACAGCCCCACGUCCCCCGGCUACAGCCCCACGUCGCCGACCUACAGCCUCACCAGCCCGGCCAUCAGCCCCGACGACAGCGACGACGACAACUGAGGGGCGGCCUGUGGGGACGGGGGUGUCACCCCCCAAAACCCCCGCCCCAGGCCGUGGGGGUGACCCCCAGCUCGACACGGGGUCGGGGU